AUGGCCUCCACUGAUGAGGACCAAGACAUCUGCUGCUUCUCUUGCUUCGGAGGGGGCGAGGACGAGGGAUCCCCCUCAGCAGCUGUUGAUGCGGGGGCCGUGCAAACAGUCAGCGAGGCACCGAUCUCGACCCCUCCGGUCACUACGAGCAGCAUGCAGGAGGCGGUGGUGAAUCAGGACGUGAAUCUCUCGAUCGCUGCUCCAUCCCUCUCGGACAUCCAGAAAGCUGUUGAAGAGAAGCUGGACUUGCCCGACGUUGAUGUCUUGUUGGAGGAGGCCGAGAAGAAGGUGGAGGAAUUCUCCGGCGAGCAGGUGGCUGAGGAUCUUCAAGAGGUGGCUGAGACCAUUCAAGACAUUGCUGAGGACCAAGAGCAAAACAACGAGGACGAGAAGCAAGAAAAGGAGGAGCAAAGAGAAGAAAGGGAAUACAAGCCAGAGGAAGUCCCCCAAACUGGUCCACAUUGGAUCAAGAAGGAAGGAUACGACGUGCAAAGUGCCCUUAACAGUUUUGCUGCGAAGCAUGGAGCGGAGGCUGCAAACAUCGUCAAGGAGCUUUACGAAAGGCACAGGAUGGCCGACCCUACGUCGCAUCCUACUGAGCCAUACUACGAGAUUUUUGCAGAAUCCUGGAAGCCAUACGAAGUCAGCAGAGACCUUCAGGGGGAGAGCUCUGUGAAGCGGCUCUCAGAAAUCUUGAAGGGCUCCGGACAACUCUUUGAGGAUCCGACCUUUCCGAGCAACGCGUUCGCCCUUUAUGCUGACCCGUCCUACGCUGGGAUGAACACAGGCGACGCUUUCCUUGCUGGAGUAGAGGGGAUCGAGUGGAAGCGCCCAAAUGAGAUCGGAGAUCCUAGUCUGAAGCCCAAAGUUUGGAGCGGAGGGAUCGACCCCGACGAUGUUGCUCAGGGGAGACUUGGGAACUGCUACUACCUCGCGGCCAUCUCAGCCUGCAGCAUCGGGAGCUCGGACAUCCUGCUUCACGAUCUGUGCAUAGAAGAUGGUAUGGACCAAGGGAUGUUUGGCGUGAAGUUCUUCCUCAACGGCAAGUGGGUGACUGUCCUCAUUGACGACCGGUUUCCCUGUGUGCGCAGGGGUUCGCUCUGGUAUCCCAUCUUCUGCGGAUUCAAGGAUCACUCUGGGCAGGAGGUGAACACCAAGGAGCUCUGGCCUCUAGUGUUCGAGAAGGCGUGGGCUAAGCUUCAUCUGUCGUAUGAAGCGACUGCGGGGGGUUUGACCGCCGACACCACCAACUAUCUCACAGGAGGGACUGUACAGUCCAUCUCUCUCGAUGAGCCUGACAAGGCCUGGUCUAUCGCCUUCGCUGCGCUCUACCCCGACGAGAGCGGCAAGGACAACUCGUGCUUCCUGUCUUGCAGUGUCCGCUCCGAUGCGCCUGGUAACCCUCAGAGCAUGGGGCUCGUGGACGGCCACGCGUACAGCGUGCUGAAGAUGGCUGAAGUAGCAGCUGGGAGGUUUGUGCAGAUCAGAAACCCCUGGGGAGAGUUCGAAUGGAACGGAAGAUACUCCGACAAGUCAGAGCUCUGGACCCCCGAGCUCAAGUCCCAGCUGGACCACGAGGACGAGGAGGACGGGUCCUUCUGGAUGUGCUGGGAGGACUUCGUUGCCUGGUACUCGGAGAUUGACAUCUGCGACCCUGUCACCCUGUCAAAGAUGUCCAACGCCAGCAAGUGCCACGUGGUAGGUUUUGCUUCUCACUGGAUCGCUGGCAAGACCGCAGGAGGGCCGCCCAAGUGCCGGACCUUCGCCUUCAACCCUCGCGUGUCGUUGAGGGUGCAGGAGGACUGUGAGGCGAUCUUCUCCCUCUACCUCCCCGACUCCAGGCCUCUCUUCCGCCCCAACCAAACCGCCUCGCACAAGAACCUCUGCACCCUCUCCAUCAUCGAGCUGUCUUCCCAGCAGACGGGCCCGGACGCUCGACAGGUCCUCACCUGCAGUCUGAGGCAUGGGAGCGGCAGGUUCCUAGUGGAGGCAGGCAAGGAGUAUCACCUGGUGGCUUCCUGCUGGACCAACGGCGUCCAGAGCCCCUUCUGGAUCACGGUCAGCGCCCCUGGAGCUCAGCUGAGCCCCGUUCCGACGGAUCCCGUGUUGGCCGAGGAGGCGGAGCUGAUGGCGGACAAGGGCUUCACUGCCUUCUGCUGCAUCGACUGCCGGGCUGACCUCUCCUCCUACUACAUGGGCGACGAUGGGCCGAGAUGCCCCAACUGCCAUGAGAUCGCCAACCCGCCGACCUGCUGCUUCGCGUGCGGGCAGCGAGUGCAAGGGCAGUACUACCCUGACGUCGACAACCAGGGCCCCUGCUGCCUUGACUGCUAUCAGAAGCUCCCCUCCAAGAUCUGCUUCAGCUGCCAGAGGCCCGUCGGCAACAAGUACAUCCCCGACUACGAGGGGCAGGGCGCCUGCUGCAUCGACUGCUACCAGGCCCUCAACCCUCCCAAGGUCUGCAAGCAGUGCCACUUCGAGAUCUCCGGCAGCUACUUCGAUACCCCUGAGGGCCCCCUGUGCCCCGGUUGCUGCGGGUCUCCCUAG